UGUCGAGGUUCGGAACAUGGCUGCCUCGCUACCGAAACGAACCAAAACCCCUACUGUUCUUUUUAGGGUUUAACGAUUGGGGAAAAUUUUGAAGGAAAGAAGUCCCUAAUCAGCCAUGUUUAGGAGAAAUUUAUACUUUCUUUCCCGAAUCUUGCCAUCGUCUCAAUCUUCUGGUGUUUCAAAGCCAAUCAAUGAAGAAAAGAGCAGAUCGUACGGUCGAAAAGCUGUGUCAACUGCCUUGAUUUGUCUCACUGGUGGUGUUGCUUUGAGUGCUAUUGAUGAUCUUGCUAUCUACCAUGGCUGCAGUAGUAAGGUGAUGGAGCAAGCCAGUAAGAAUCAGGAAGUCAUCCGUGCAAUAGGUGAGCCAAUAGUUAAAGGCCCUUGGUAUAAUGCUUCCCUUGCUUUAGCUCACAAAAGGAAUUCUGUCUCUUGCACAUUUCCCGUUUCUGGACCUCAUGGCAAUGGUGUUUUACGUGUAAAGGCUGUUCGCAGUGGAGAUUCCUCGUGGUUAUCAUUCUUUCGUCCUCACGACUUUGACAUCUUAGUUUUGGACGCCAUCCUUCACGUCCCAGGAAAUGAAGAGUCAAAGAAAACAGUUAAAAUUAGCAUCUCGGAUGACGUUCCUUCUCCGGCUUGUCAACCCUGCACUAGAUGUCCAGAGACAGUAAAUUCAGGUAAACAAUGAUAUUUUGGUAGAAUUAUUAUGCACACGCCUAGGAAGAAGCUCGUCCAUAGUUGUAGGGAAAUGAAUAAAAAAGGUCCAUAAAUUCUUUUAUACGUACAUGACAUAAUGUCGAAACAUACAGUUUUCUCAUAGAGCAUACAAUUUCAAGCAUGUGUAGGAAUUUCUUGGUUUCUUUAUGUAUGAGUCGAUUGUUGAGGAUUCUAAAUUCUCUCUCACAACGAUGAAGGAAUUUCACGAAUGUUUACAAUAAUCAGGAAUUCUCUUAUUUUUUACACGAAAGGAAUAUGUAUUGAUUGUUUAGAUUCAAGUGAGAAUUUUCUCCACCAUUUCGAUCACGAUUUGCUACAAUUGUGCUUAAGACUGCAAAUGUGCACAACCAAUUGUAAUGCAUAAUUUUAUCAUGUAUAAAUGAGUGUCAUUGCAUUUGUUGUCAUUUUAGCAUUCUCUCCCCUUGAAAUAGGAGCAUAAAUUCUAAUGUUUCAUAUCAGUGCUGGCUCAGCCACAAGGAAAACUGCAGGAUCUUCCAUUUUCCAUUUUUACAAAGUAUUGCUUGGCCUAGCCCCUUCUAAUGCAUGACUUGACUUAUAUUUUCUGCCCAUUAAUUACUCCCUCAGUCUCGAAGAAUUUGCAAUUGCACACUAUUGCACGGUUAUUAAGAAAAUGAUGGGCACGAUUAAGUUGUGUAUACAUGAUCAAAAGUGAGAGAAAAUGAGAGAAGAUGUGUGGAUAAAAUUAUAGAAAGUGGUGGGGUCAUUACCAAUGAAACAUAAUUCGCUAGUUGGAUCCCCUUUUGGAUUUGCAAUUUGCUCAAAAUGGUUCAAAAUAGCCUAAAACAAACCAUAAUUUGCUUUUUUUGAUUCACAAUUCACGAGACAACUGAUGAAUCAUGUGUACACUGGUCAUUACCUAAAAUAGAAAUAUUAAAUGUUAAAGGGACAGGCUAAAUAGAAAUGUAAGCAAACUUAUGGUCAUUACCUAAAAUAGAAAUAUUAAAUGUUAAAGGGACAGGCUAAAGUAGAAAUGUAAGCAAACUUAUGGGGACAGCGGGAGUAGAAGCCUAAUUGAGACUCAAAUUCAAAUGAAGGGGUUAGAAUUGAGGCAAUAUUUAGAAAUAAUUGAUGAAAACAUUGUUUGGUAUACUAUACAAAAGGAAUGCUACUUUGCUCUUACUGUAUAGGUUUGUCCCUCUUUCUUGGCCCUAAAGCAUCUCAAGCUUGUGGUGUGUCUCUUUAUUGGUUUGACAAUUGACAUCCUUCAUUGAUUCUUAUUCUUUCUACACAUAAUUAUUGUCAUUUGGAAUUUUGAAGGGGUCCUUAAGAUUUUCUUUUGAUUCUUUUUCAUCUCUAUUUCCUAAUCUAGCAUCUAUAGCCAUCUAUCUUGAAAAUACUUCAACUAUUUGAUCAUUCAUCUUUGUUCUUCAUGAUAAGGAUUUUAAUUUGGGAGUUAUUGUUAAGACUAGAAAGUAGGGUUCAUUUUUAAAACAAGAAAAAUAUCAUGUUGAUGUCAUCAUUGUGUCACACUAACAUCAUCUACUUAUACUAUUGCCAACUAUCAAGGACAGCAUUUAUUAUUCUCGGUCAUGAUAGAAUUGCAUCAAAGAGAACGGGAGAGAUUUUUAAGAAAAAAAAAGUUGAUAUUGGUAAUAAAUGAAAAGAGAGUGAAAUACGUGAGUAAAAUUAAAAGAGAAUUAAAUUGUAUGUGAAUGGAAUUAGAAGAAAAUGGUGGGUCAUUGUUCAAAAAUAGAAAUGAUGCAAAAUAAGUGGGAUGAAAGAAUUAUUCACCAAGUGCUAACAAUGUUCUUUAUAAAUGCAUUUCUGAACUUAUUUGUAGUUUACAGAAUUUAGUGCUUGACAAUGUUGCAUCUUCUCCGCAAAGGCCCCUUGUGAAAGGAAUAAGCAUUCUAUAUAAUACUCCUCUGUCCUAUCAAAAUUUUUCUAUAGACAACUGUUGAACAAACCAAGAAAAAUUAAUAAAAGUGGUAUUUUAUGGGAUAGUGGAAAUAAUGUGUGGAUGAAGUAAAAAUAUAAGUUAAAUGUGCGGAUGAGAAUUAAAGAAUAUAUAUAUUUAGGGUUAUUGCUAAAAUAGAAGUGGGGCAAAUUUAGCGAAAUUGACUUAAAAAAAAGGGGUGAAUUUCAUAGAAUAUAGUUUGUAGUUUUAUUUAAUCUAUAAAAAAGCAAUUAAAGUUUAUGGCAUACAUAAAAGUCAUUUUAGCUGCCUUAUUAAGGUUGAUUAUCCAAAUGUUUAUGAUACCAUUAAGUGAAUUUUUAUUCUUGACACCAUAUAUGCUAAUGCUAUGAAGUUCCCCCUCACUUUACUAGCGUUAUUAUAAAAUGUGUUACUAUUAAAUUUUCAUUGAUGAUUGAUGAAUCCUAUACAUGCUUGUUCCAUUUGCAUGAAUCAUAAAGAAUCAAUAAAAACUUAGCUGAAGGGACCCUAGAAUGGCUCAAGUGCAAACAAAAGAUCAAUAACCUUUGACAAUUUGAUGAAGGGUAUCCAGGAGGAGUAAGAUGACUUGGGUUAGGAUGAUGAUUCUGUUAGAAAAUAACUCACGUGUGAUUCUAUAUCGAACAAUUAAAGAAAGGUUGAUGAUGGCGAACUCCUUCUAUUACCAAUUAGUUUAAGGAUGAAAUCUCGUCGAGUUAUGUGCAGUCAACUCUCCUCUUGUAUGAAUCUUGUCGUGUACAUGUCCAAUAACAAAUUUAUUAGACUCUAAAGAACGUAAUUCUCUCAAUGGAGAAACUUUGAAUAAAUGUACUUCCUCAGUCCCCAUGAAAUUGAUAAAAAGUUCAAGAAAAUUGUGAGGAUAGGAAAAUUAUACGGAUAUGAUUGAAAAAGAAAAAAAUAAAGUUCUAAAAAAGUAACGAUGACAUUACUCAAAAAUAAAAAUGUUACAACGUAAAGAAACAGUCUAAAAUAAAAGCAUGGGCAAACUCGUUGAUAUAACAAAAGUAUUUAAUAAUUUAUUGAGUCUUGUGCUUUUGCAUUGGUGUAUGACUAGUGGCUAGUUUCAAUAAGGGUUGCAUUCUUAUUGCCCUUCUUGAGCUCCUCUACCUAUUUUUAGGUCUCAGCUUUUGGUGGGAGACUUUCUAAAUGAUCUGCCCCCUUCGAGCCCUAGAGCCAUUAAGAUAUAUACUCCUCUAUUCUAUGAAAUUGGACUUUUUCUAUCCUUUUAAUUUAAUAAUAAUAAAUUGAUUUAAGGACAAAAAUAAAUUUUUUGAAAUGUGUAAAUGUGAAUUAAAGAGGGUGUGGAAUCAUUUUCAAAUUAGAAAAUGUUAAGCAAGCUUUGUGAGAUUUAACCAAAAAAAGCAAGACAAAUGUGUUUUGUUACUUAUUUAUAUAAUAUAAAGUAAUUAUUAUUCUUAUGUUAGUUAUAAUUUUUUUUAUUUAAAAAAACACAUGUCUCUUUACUCUUUAAUUUUACUAACUAACUUUGCCACUUGGUAAAUACUCCCUCAUCGGCAGAUAAGGUGUUUAGAAUUGGGUUAAAAUUAGGCUUUAUGUUUAUAUUGAUUUUUAUAUUAUUGUAAUAUGUAAAUUUAUUUUUAAAAUUAGAUAAAAGUUAAAUUCGAUUAUACAAGAUCAGGUAACAACUUUGGGACAAUGAAGAGGAAAAAUAGCAAAAAUUAAGGAUCAAGAAAUGGUUAUAGUUGUACAUAAAAGAAAAAGGCAUAAUUAAAAGGGUUAAUUAAGGAGAGGGAAAAGGUAGUGUUUGGAUGUGGCCAAGUGGGGAAGGGACAAAAGGUGGAAUAGCGUGGGAAGCAUGCUUGAGGGAUGGCUAUUGCCUAUUCCAUUAGGCAUUUGCCAAUUAGAUGUUAAAGAGUUUAUCUUUAAGCAAUAAUGAGUAUAUCUUCAAGUAACAAUAUCUACUCUUCAUCUUUGUUCCCCUUUAUCCUUACACCCUUUUUCCAUAGGAAUAAAUAUUAGGACUUUUAGUAUUUUCCACUUUUACCCCUCUAUAGCUUCUCUAUUACACUUAACCAUGAAAAUCGGGUCGUGUUAGGUGUCAACAUGUCGUUUCUGUUAUGUCUUGCGUCAAAUUAUAUCGUUUCGAGUUGUGUUAUGAUUAGUGUUUUGUCGUGUUUGUGACGUGGUGAUGGGCAAUUGAUGCGUUAAGAUUGUCAUGUCUUGUGUCAAAUCAUAUCAUGUCAAGUCGUGUUGUGAAUAACAUUGUAUCAUGCUUGGGCGACCCACAUGCCAUCUACACAUUUAUUUCACGGCUUUAUUUAUUCUUUUGAGUUUGCAUAAUUAUAAAAUUAUUUCAUUAUUUUUUAAUUAGAGGGUACAAUAUGUACAGUACAUAGAUGAAAUAAUAGGAGAAAAUGUGCUCGGAAUAAAAUGGUGAAAAAAAUAUGACAUUACAAGCAAAAAUAAAAAAUAUAUUUAAAUAAAAAAUAUUUUUUAUAUUUCUUUAAAUUUGAACUAUAAAAAAUUAAAUAUUAAAAUUAUCUAAAAUCUAAACGAAUAGGAGUGGAAUGUAACUUUCUACAAGUUGCCAGUUGCCAGUUGCCAGUUGCCACCACAUCAUUACUUUUGACUUAGUUGAGCAUCUUUGUGGGCGUGAGGAUUUAAUUCGAUUCUUAGACAACUUUUUUAAGCUCUUUUUUUGUUGAGACUCAAAACAAAUUUACUCUUUUGCUGAAUUUAAUUUGUCUAAU